CACCAUCACUAAUACAGGGAAAGUGACACGAAGGCAACAGAUUUAAAAGCCAAUUGGAAAGGGAAAGCGACUGUAUUUCUUCGUUCUAUUGUUGUUGCGCCCAAGAAAAAGGGAGGAAACCACCGCCAGGAUGUCGCACGCCAUCGAUGAACUGCAGGCGAUCAUUGCCGAGCUCAAAUCGGAGCUGGAUGAGCAGAAGACGAGCAGCCGCCAGGCUGCUGCCCACCGCGAACGCAUCGAACGGAUGUCCGCGGAGGUGGUGGACUCCAAUCCCUACAGCCGCCUGAUGGCACUGCAGCGGAUGAACAUAGUGAAGGAGUACGAGAGGAUUCGUGACAAAACGGUGGCCAUUGUGGGAGUGGGCGGCGUGGGCAGUGUCACCGCCGACAUGCUGACGCGCUGCGGCAUUGGCAAACUGAUCCUCUUCGACUAUGACAAAGUGGAGCUGGCCAACAUGAAUCGUCUGUUCUUCACGCCCGACCAGGCCGGCCUCUCCAAGGUGGAGGCCGCCGCCCGCACCCUGGGCUUCAUCAAUCCGGACGUUCGCAUCGAGACGCACAACUAUAACAUCACAACGGUGGAUAACUUUGAUCGCUUCCUCGCCACGAUUAUGGAAAGCGGCACGGUGGCGGGCCAGCCGGUGGACUUGGUGCUCAGCUGCGUGGACAACUUUGAGGCGCGCAUGGCCAUCAAUGCGGCGUGCAACGAGCGCAAUUUGAACUGGUUCGAGUCUGGAGUUUCGGAGAAUGCCGUUUCCGGUCACAUACAGUUCAUCCGUCCCGGAGACACCGCCUGCUUUGCGUGCGCCCCGCCCCUGGUCGUCGCCGAGAAUAUCGACGAGAAGACGCUGAAGCGAGAGGGAGUGUGUGCCGCCUCCCUGCCCACCACCAUGGGCAUUACGGCCGGCUUCCUCGUCCAGAAUGCCCUCAAAUACCUGCUCAACUUCGGCGAGGUCUCCGACUAUCUGGGCUACAAUGCCCUCAACGAUUUCUUUCCCAAGAUGACGCUCAAGCCGAAUCCGCAGUGCGACGAUCGCAAUUGUUUGCUUAGGCAAAAGGAGUUCCAGGCGCGACCCAAGCCCGUUCAGGUCAAGGAGGAGGUGGUCAGCGAUGAGCCUCUGCAUGCCACCAACGAGUGGGGUAUCGAGCUGGUGGCAGAGGAUGCGCCACCCAGCAGUAAUCCCGAGCCAGCAGCCCCAGCCAUGGAAGUGGGUCAGGGCCUAAAGCUCGCCUACGAAGCCCCCGAAAAGUCCAGCGACGAUGCGGCGGCUGCAACCGUGACGGCGGCAGAUGAAACCAGCCUGGAGGAUCUGAUGGCUCAGAUGAAGUCGAUGUGAAUGAAAUUCCACUAUAUAUUUAUAGACUCCUAAAUGCCCGAUGUUUUGUAAUUGAUAUUUUUGUAAAACAUUUAUAUUUUUUUGUGAUUAAAUUAAAGCUUAAAAAAAUAAAUAAGAUUAAA